AUGGCUAAUAUCGUGGUUGCAUACAUUUUGUGGCUAACUGGAGGAUGGUUUGGUCUUCAUCAUUUCUAUCUGGGUCGAGACAAACACGCUUUCAUUUGGUGGGCAACAUGGGGAGGUUGUUUAGGGUUAGGAUGGUUUCGAGAUUUGUGGAGGCUUCCUGAGUAUAUCUAUGAAGCGAAUAACGAUGAAAGAUAUUUAAACGAACUAAAACAUCGCCUCGAUGUGUUUCCUCGUCCCCCGUUCAAUGGUGUUCGGUUUGCCGGAGAAUUGGUGGUGGGGUAUCUGUUUGGAAUAGUGCUGAGACUUGUGAUUCCAGAAGAAUACACUAUGGCGGGAAUGGGAUGGUUGCUGACACUGGUUCUGCCUCCGUAUGGGGCGGCUAUUG